AUGGCUUCAUCAACAAAUCAAUUGUACAAAAAACGUAGCAAUGUGUGGAAUCAUUUCACACUUACAAAUGGGAAUAUGGCAAAAUGCAACUAUUGUAAUGAAAAAAAAAGUUUUUCUGGGGGAUCAACAGGCAAUCUUUUAAGGCACAUAAAGACAAAGCAUGUCACAGUUCCACUGCAAAGAUCAACACCACAGGUAGCAGAGGAAUCAAACUCUGAGUACCUUGACAAUCCACAACCAUCGACAUCCGCUUCUCAAUCUACAUCUGCAAUAGUUCAUUCUUCUACAACAUUUUCGUCUUCAAUAAUUCAAAACAAAAAUAGUUAUCAAUCAUCUAUAGCAAAUUUCAUUCAUCGACCUCUGCCAUUGUUAAAAGAGUAUCACCCCUUUAGCAUAGUCGAAGAUAAAGAGUUCAGAAAAUUAUUGAAUAUGCUGUCCCCUAAUUACAUAAUUCCUUCAAGAAAAACAGUUUCUAAUAGUUUAUUGCCCCAAAUGUAUGAGAUGGUUGUCCAAAGAGUAAAAGAUAAAUUAAAAAAUGUAUCUGCAGUAUAUCUUACAACUGAUGGAUGGACAUCAAGGAAUAAUGAAAGUUUUUUGGCAGUAACUGCUCAUUUCAUAGAUCCAGAUAAUGUCACUGAAUUAUCUUCAGUUUUGUUAGCAUGUACUAGUUUUGAAGAUAGUCAUACAGCUGAUAAUUUAGCUUUGUUUUUGAAAAAUACCGUAGAUGAGUGGGGAUUGAGUCAGCGUAUAACUGUUGUAGUAUCAGACAAUGCUGCAAAUAUUAAAAGUGCAAUUGAAAAAUGCAAUUGGAGACGGUUGUCAUGUUUUGCGCAUGAUAUCAAUUUGAUUGUUCAUUGUGGAUUGGGUAAAAUUGAGCCUGUUGUAACAAAAAUUAAAGACAUUGUAUCUUACUUUAAAAGAAGUUCUCAUGCAUUAGCUAAAUUGCAGGAAUAUCAAAAACAAACCGGAAAUCCAAUUUUAAAGUUGAAACAAGAUUGCCCAACACGGUGGAACUCAACUUUUGAUAUGUUCGAUAGAAUAUUGAGAAUAAAGGAGCCAAUAAUUGCAACAUUAGCCAUUUUAAACAACACCGAAUUAAAUUCACUUACUCCAAAUGAAUGGCAAGUUGUAGAUAAAUCAAAAGAGUUGUUGAAAAUUUUUUAUGAUGCCACUGUUGAAAUAAGUGCAGAAAAAAAUAUUUCAAUAUCAAAAAAAAUAAUUAUGGUAAGAGCUAUGUUUAAAGUUACACAGACAUUUAUAAAUGACACAAAUUUACCCAGAGAAGUGCUGAAUAUGGCCAAUACUUUAAAAGAAAAGAUGAUGAUUAGGUUUGACAGAAUUGAAGACAAUUUACUUAAUGCUCAAGCUACAGUUCUGGAUCCUAGAUUCAAAAAACAUGGAUUUAUUAAUGAGGACAAAUAUAAUAGGACUAUAUCCCAACUUCGUAAUAAAUUACAAAGCAGCAUAAGAACAGAGCAGUUAGAUUUACCUCAACAGUCAUCUUCUUCAACACCUCAGUAUUCCAACUCGGCCAUCUGGGGAGAUUUUGACAAGUCUGUGGUUAAUGCUAUCGGUGGAAAUAAUUCUACAUCAGCAGGAAUUAUUGAGCUAGACAAAUAUUUGAAUGAACAAAUUAUCAGUAGACAUGAAAAUCCACUACUCUGGUGGUCAGAGCGACAAAAAGUUUACCCACGACUCUAUGAAAUAGUUAAAACUCGUCUUUGUAUCAUAGCCACAUCCGUUCCAUGUGAAAGGUUAUUUUCAAAGGCAGGACAGGCUAAUAGGACAAGUAUCACGAAUCACUAA